CACCGCAGGCUGUUGCAGGGUAUUUACGCCUUUACAGCCACCAGCCAUCAGUGAGUAAAUAGUGUAAAUCAAACGAUCGUGUUCUCUAGCUAGAGCAUAAAAAUAUACCAAAAUGAGCGAGCAGAUACCUGUUGAGAUGGAAGUAGAUGAAAGCAAUGUUGUUAGCGCGAUGGAUACAACCCCAGUCACAGAUAACACGAAGAGUGUGAUGGCCUCGUCUGGCACUGUCGGCUCAGUGUCAAUCAGCUUGCAUCCCCUCGUCAUAAUGAAUGUUAGCGAACACUGGACGAGGCUUAGGGCGCAGGAAGGCUCCGAUCAACUGGUUUACGGAGCGCUGAUCGGUAAACAAAAGGGACGCAACAUAGAGAUAAUGAAUUCUUUCGAACUUUUAUUUACGUCUAUUGGUGACGAGGUGAUCAUUGAUCGAGAUUACUACAAUACAAAAGAAGAACAGUUUAAGCAGGUGUUUAGUGAAAUGGAUUUUCUUGGGUGGUACACAACAGGAGAUGCCCCAACAGACAGAGACAUCAGGGUACACAAACAGCUAUGCGAAAUUAAUGAAUGUCCUGUCCUACUUAAACUAGAUCCAAGGUCUAAACAUACAGACCAAUUAUCUGUUGCAAUGUACGAGUCUGUGAUCGAUUUAGUAAAUGGCGAAGCCACCAUGCUAUUUGUACCAUUAACAUAUACAUUAGCAACAGAAGAAGCCGAAAGAAUUGGAGUUGAUCACGUAGCACGAAUGUGUACUAACGAUCAGGCUGAAAGUUCAUUGGUGGCGGAGCACUUGACUGCACAACACAGUGCAAUUAAGAUGCUUAAUUCAAGGGUUAAACUUGUUCUGAGAUACGUUGAAGCUGUUCAAAGCGGAGAACUGAAAGGGAACCAUGAAGUAUUGCGAGCUGCAUGCUCACUGGGACAUCGAUUACCUGUUUUAAAUAGUCCAAAGUUCCGAGCAGACUUUUACAACCAAUGCAACGAUUUUGGUCUAGUGACAUAUCUUGGAAUAAUAACAAAAGGAUGCAACGAUAUAAAUCAAUUUGUGAACAAAUUCAACAUUUUAUACGACCGACAAGGAAUGGGCCGUCGCAUGCGAAGUCUCUUCUUUUAAUAAAUAGUUGAAUAACACUUUUUUUUACUUCGAUUUAUAGUUUCAACUUGCAACUCAUAAGCUAUUAACAUUCAACCUCAGCAUUGCGAUACGAAGGGCCCGUAAAUCUUGUCAAUGUUGCUUAGAGACCCCCUUUAAUAAUUCAACAUUUGCAAUAUAUAAGUAAAUGCAAUAAUGAUGAGACACCAUGCGCAGAUCGUCAAUUUACGAUCAAUAACUGCAGUAAUCCUGUACAGGAAAGAUGUAAUGUGAUAUAACUGUUAAAUAAAAUUAUUCGAAUAUUUAUACUUA